AUGUCCUCCGAACCGAUAUUCGUCCUCCCAGGCGACGAGAUAGAUCCUUCCCUCGUCCCAUCCCACCCGAAAAAGGCCCUACGACUCGGUCCCGGUCUCCGUCACGCUCCUCCCAACGAUGUGAUCCCCACACUAGCAGGACGAUUGGUGACGGAUCAUCAGAAGAAUGCCAUCAGGGUAGAAACUUAUUCGGGAAGGUAUACCCCCCGCGUAGGCGAGCUGGUCAUCGGCAUCGUCCGUCACAGCGCAGCGGAGAGCUUCGUCGUCUCCCUGUCGGAUCACACCUCCCCCGCCCUCCUCCCUCACCUGUCGUUCGAGUCCGCGAGCAAGAAGACGCGCCCGCAGCUGGCCUCGGGCGCCCUGGUCUACGCCCGCGUCAGCAUGGCCGACCGCCACAUGGACGCCGAGCUCGAGUGCGUGCACCCCUCGACAGGCAAGUCGGAGGGGCUGGGACCGCUGGUCGGCGGCAUGCUCUUCCCCAUCUCGCUCGGCAUGGCGAGGAGGCUCAUGCUCUCCCCCGCCGCCGCCGCCAGGCAGCCCGGGAGCGCCGUCGUGGUGCUCGAAGAGCUGGCCUCGGCCGGCCUGCAGUUCGAGACCGCCGUCGGCAGGAACGGCCGCAUCUGGGUCGACAGCGAGAGCGCAAAGACCGUCGUCAUCGUCGGCAGGGCCGUGCGGGAGACGGAUGAGCGUGCCUUGACCGUCGACGACCAGAGGAAACUUGCUAGGAAGCUGCUACGGGAUACCAGUUGA